CGACGACAAAACUCUACCUUCCCUUUCAUCUCAGCAACAUAUCGACCCAGUGGCCCAGGACCACUCGCCCGAUACGAACGCACUAUGACAACUUGUUUCUAGCACCAACAAGUCCUCAAUUGCUGCUCAGAGCGGCGACAUACACAGCAGAGAACCGGGUACACGACCACACGUGACCACGCAUUAUCCAUCAUGCAACCCGUUCGAUUAAGCAGAAGGCUCAUCUUGGGUGCCCGCAUCCUCACUCGGCCUCCUCUCACCAGUAGACCUGCGGUUUGCUCUUCACAGCAUCAACGUCGUCCCUGGAGUCAAUCAGUAUGCCUCCACGACCGGGGCUUUGCUUUCCCGACGGAGGCACGGGAACCUGCAUCUCAAGAUGGCCACCCAACUGCCCAACCAAUUUUCGAAUCAUCAACCGCUGCGGAACCGUUGAAGAUACACCGAUAUGAAUCUGGUAUUAUUCGUGAAGAUGCUAUUAUAACCCCGUCCAGUUUCAUCACCACUGCCAAUCCGGACACUGCUUGGCAUCCAGCCUACCUUCGCGACAUGUGUAGAUGUCCUCGAUGUAGAGAUCCGUCAUCCACACAAAAGACCUUCCAAACAACCGAUAUACCAAGGAAUAUUAAGGCACGCUCCGUCGAGGUGGACGAGGAAGGGGACACCAAGAUCACGUGGGAUAAUGACAUCCCUAGUUUUGGGCCCGACCACGUCUCCACGUUUUCAGUCCAUUUCCUUCACAAGCAUUUAACCCCAAAGGCUUUGCGUGGUGCUCGGUUUGAGCCUCCUGAGCCUCGCUUAUGGAGCCGAAAACGGAUUACUAGGGAGCUACAAACGAUCAAAUAUGAGGAUUAUAUGAAAGAAGACGAGGCCCUGUACCGUGCUCUCCUCUAUCUGAAUAUGCAUGGAAUUCUACUUCUAAAAGACGUCCCGGAGUCUGAGACAGCGGUGGAGGAUAUUGCAAGCCGCAUGGGAACUCUCCGCGAUACAUUCUAUGGACGAACCUGGGAUGUCAAAUCCGUUCCGGAGGCCAAGAACGUUGCCUACACCCAACAAUGCCUUGGUCUCCACAUGGAUCUUCUCUACAUGGCCAACCCUCCUGGAUUGCAACUUCUCCACUGCCUCAAGAACACCUGCGAAGGUGGCUCCUCCUUGUUUAGCGACGCCUUUCGCGCGGUGUCUGAACUCCACCCGAAACACGUCAAACAACUCACUGACACCAAGAUCGGAUACCAAUAUAAGAAUGCUGGAGAGUAUUACUACCAUGAACACACUGUCAUCGAACCUCAAUCCUAUCGUUCCAAGAUAUGGCCGGAUAGCCGAGUUCUCAAACAUGUCAACUACUCGCCUCCAUUCCAGGCUGACCAUCUCUCCACCGCCUUUCACCAGUCUUCCACCUUCCCCUCUUUACUCAAGUCUCUCAGGAAAUUCGCCGAUCGAGUCGAGGACCCCGACAAUUUGUAUGAAUACAAGAUGCAAGAAGGAGAGUGCGUGAUCUUCAACAACAGGCGGGUACUGCAUGGCAGGAAGGAGUUCGAUGCCACUCAUGGAGAAAGGUGGUUGAAGGGUGCAUAUGUUGAUACGGAUGUGUUUAUGAGUCGGUUCAGGGUACUGAAUGAGAAGUAUGAGUUGAAGGGGAUUGAGAUACUGGAGAAUUAUGUGGAUCUGGAUUCAGGGAUUAACCCGCCAGCGGAGCCCAAGAAGAAGAAGCCGAUCAAUUAUGGGUCGCCGUUCAAGAAGAAGGAGAAGAAGGGCCCCAUAGGAAAGACGUACGUUGAUGCGAUAGCGUAACGGCAAGCUAUGGGUCCUUAAUAGUCGGGUUGUAGAUGGAACCUGUCGGCAGGAUGCAUGCUUGCCUACAUGAGUCUUGAUGUGAGUCGAAAACGUGGCCGUGCCAGCAGGUUUGGUGGCGUGCUAGAUAUUGUACGAACACUCCCUUUUGUAAGAUCUUACCAAAAUACCUGGAGCAUAUACCAUGAACACCAGACAGAAAAUCAUCUCUCCCUAUCCG